GGUGGAGCUGUGGACAUGGGUCUUGGGCGCUGCCAGCGGCCGCCUCUGGGGGCGCUGUUGUCUCUUCCCAUAGCCAUAAGCGGGGGAGUGAGAGGUGUGAAAUGGAGAAAAAUGGCGGAUCAUGUGCAGGGCCUUGCCCAGCUGGAGAUCCUAUGUAAGCAGCUUUAUGAGACGACGGACACGGCCGUCAGACACCAGGCAGAGAAAGCUCUGGUGGAGUUCACCAACAGCCCCGACUGUCUCAGUAAAUGUCAGCUGCUCCUGGAGAGAGGCAGCUCGUCUUAUUCCCAGCUGCUUGCAGCCACAUGUUUGUCUAAACUCGUGUCCCGGACCAGCAACCCUCUGCCCCUGGAGCAACGCAUCGACAUCCGGAACUAUGUGCUGAACUAUCUGGCCACGCGGCCCAAGCUGGCGGCGUUCGUGACCCAGGCUCUGAUCCAGCUCUACGCCAGGAUCACCAAGCUGGGCUGGUUCGACUGCCAGAAAGACGACUACGUCUUCAGGAACGUCAUCGCAGACGUCACCCGUUUCCUACAGGACAGCGUGGAGCACUGCAUCAUAGGAGUCACCAUCCUGUCCCAGCUGACCAAUGAGAUCAACCAGGCCGACACGACGCACCCUCUGACCAAACAUAGGAAGAUCGCCUCAUCAUUCAGAGAUUCCUCCCUCUUCGACAUUUUCACUCUUUCCUGCAACCUCCUCAAACAGGCUUCGGGGAAGAACCUGAACCUGAACGAUGAAUCCCAGCACGGCCUCCUGAUGCAGCUCCUCAAACUCAGCUACAAUUGCCUCAACUACGACUUUAUAGGAACUUCCACGGACGAGUCGUCGGACGACCUGUGCACCGUUCAGAUCCCCACGUCGUGGAGAUCAGCGUUCCUCGAUUCCUCCACCCUGCAGCUGUUUUUCAAUUUAUAUCAUUCCAUCCCUCCGUCCCUUUCCCCGUUGGUGUUGUCGUGUCUAGUUCAGAUCGCCUCCGUACGUCGGUCUCUGUUCAACAACGCAGAGCGAGCGAAGUUCCUCUCACACCUGGUGGACGGGGUCAAGAGGAUAUUAGCCAACCCCCAGUGUUUGCCUGAUCCCAACAACUACCACGAGUUCUGCCGCCUGCUGGCGAGGCUGAAGAGCAACUACCAGCUGGGGGAGCUGGUCAAAGUGGAGAACUACCCCGAGGUCAUCAGGCUCAUCGCCAACUUCACCGUCACCAGUCUACAGCACUGGGAAUUCGCCCCCAACAGCGUCCACUACCUGCUGAGUCUAUGGCAGCGUCUGGCGGCGUCCGUCCCCUACGUCAAAGCCACCGAGCCUCAUCUACUGGAGACCUACACCCCCGAGGUCACCAAGGCCUACAUCACGUCACGGCUCGAGUCGGUCCACGUCAUCCUCAGAGACGGGCUGGAGGACCCUCUGGACGAUGCCGGCCUGGUGCAGCAGCAGCUGGACCAGCUGUCCACCAUCGGCCGCUGUGAGUACGAGAAGACGUGUGCUCUGCUGGUGCAGCUGUUCGACCAGGCGGCUCAGACGUACCAGGAGCUGCUGCAGUCCACCAACUCCAGCGCCGCCGACAUCACGGUGCAGGAGGGGAGGCUCACGUGGCUGGUUUAUAUCAUCGGGGCCGUGAUCGGCGGACGGGUGUCGUUCGCCAGCACAGACGAGCAGGACGCCAUGGACGGAGAGUUAGUCUGUCGGGUGCUCCAGCUGAUGAACCUGACGGACUCUCGACUCGCUCAGGCCGGGAACGAGCGUCUGGAGCUGGCCAUGCUCAGCUUCUUCGAACAGUUCAGAAAGAUCUACAUCGGCGACCAGGUGCAGAAAUCAUCAAAGCUUUAUCGGCGACUAUCAGAGGUUCUGGGGCUGAACGACGAGACGAUGGUACUCAGCGUCUUUAUCGGGAAAAUCAUCACAAACUUGAAGUACUGGGGCCAGUGUGAACCAAUCACCUCCAAGACACUCCAGCUCCUCAACGACCUCUCCUUAGGGUACAGCAGCGUCAGGAAACUGGUGAAGCUCAGCGCUGUCCAGUUCAUGUUGAAUAACCACACGAGCGAGCACUUCUCCUUCCUGGGAGUGAACAACCAGUCCAACCUGAGCGACAUGAGGUGUCGGACCACCUUCUACACGGCUCUGGGGCGCCUCCUGAUGGUGGAUCUAGGAGAGGACGAGGACCAGUUUGAACAGUUCAUGUUGCCUUUGACGGCGGCGUUUGAAACCGUCGCUCAGAUGCUCAGCACAAACACCUUCAACGAGCAGGAAGCUAAGAGGACCUUGGUGGGUUUGGUCCGAGACCUUCGAGGCAUCGCGUUCGCCUUCAACGCUAAGACGAGCUUCAUGAUGCUGUUUGACUGGAUAUAUCCAGCCUACAUGCCCAUCUUACAGCGGGCCAUCGAGCUUUGGUACCACGACCCAGCAUGCACCACACCUGUCCUCAAACUCAUGGCGGAGCUCGUCCACAACAGAUCCCAGAGGCUCCAGUUUGACGUGUCGUCGCCCAACGGCAUCUUGCUGUUCAGAGAAACCAGCAAGAUGAUCACCACCUACGGGAACCGCAUCCUGACGCUGGGGGAGGUCCCGAAGGACCAGGUGUACGGCGUGAAGCUGAAGGGCGUCAGCGUUUGCUUCGCCAUGCUGAAGGCGGUGCUCAGCGGGAACUACGUCAACUUCGGGGUCUUCCGUCUGUACGGCGACGACGCGCUGGACAACGCCUUACAGACCUUCAUCAAACUACUGCUGUCCAUCCCUCACAGUGACUUACUGGACUACCCUAAGCUCAGCCAGUCCUUCUACUCUCUGCUGGAGGUGCUGACUCAGGACCACAUGAACUUCAUCGCCAGCCUGGAGCCUCACGUCGUCAUGUACAUCCUGUCCUCGAUAUCCGAAGGGCUCACGGCGCUCGAUACGAUGGUUUGCACCGGCUGCUGCUCCAGCCUGGACCACAUCGUCACGUAUCUGUUCAAGCAGCUGUCCCGCUCCACCAAGAAGCGCCCGACGCCGAUGGCCACGGACGACCGCUUCCUGCACAUCAUGCAGCAGCACCCGGAGAUGAUCCAGCAGAUGCUGUCCACCGUCCUGAACAUCAUCAUCUUUGAGGACUGUCGGAACCAGUGGUCCAUGUCCCGGCCUCUACUCGGCCUCAUCCUGCUCAACGAGAAGUACUUCGCUGACCUGAGGAACAGCAUCGUCAACAGUCAGCCUCCAGAGAAGCAGCAAGCCAUGCACUUAUGUUUCGAGAACCUGAUGGAGGGAAUCGAGAGGAACCUACUCACUAAGAACCGGGACAGGUUCACCCAGAACUUGUCCGUGUUCAGGAGGGAAGUCAACGACAGCAUGAAGAACUCGACGUACGGCGUCAACAGCAACGACAUGAUGAGCUGACAGUCUCCACGGCCUGGCCUCACCCCCUCCUCACCCCCUCCUCACCCCUCUCUGCAUCCACCUCCCGCCUCCCUCCUCCCACCUCCUCCCCCCCUGGCCCGGAUGCCUAGGGACCACCUCCUCACCCCCCGACACGAAGCCGAUUGGUCCCUUUUGAUAUAAGCAUAUAUAAAUAUAUACAGAUCUAUUUUAAAGCCAGUCUGCUCUAACAGAGGAGGGAGGGAGCAUGUCCAAGCACUCUGACCGAGGGGGGAGGAUGGGAAGGGAAGGGAAGGGAAGGGAAGGGAAGGGAAGGGGGGAGGCAGGGGAGGAAACGAGGGAGUAAAUCGUAGUAAUCCGCUUCUUCUUCUGCCUGCCUUGUAUAGAGAAACACACACAAGAAAAACCAAGUGUACAUUUCUUUUGGUAACAUUUUGAACAAUGUUUAUAACUUUAAAACACGAAGAUGAGUUGAGGAGAAAAAAAAACAAAAAACACAAAAAACAAACAGUGUGAUUGAGCUUUUUACAGUGUAGUGAGUUAGUGCAACUGUCUGUCUGCGUGGGGAGCGAGCUUUCCACGGGGGGGACGGGGGAGGACGGGGGGAGGACGGGGGAGGACGGGGGGACGAACCGGAAGCAGAGGUACUCACACUAACAGGAUUGGAGAGUCAGAGCGUCCAUGUUGUACAUUUUUUCUUAGUCUCUGCUUGAAGUGAUGUAAAUAGUCCCAUGGGACGGCCUGGGGGGGGGGGGGGGGGCCCGGGGGGAGGACUGGGGGGGCGGGGGAGGAGGGGGACGCCGCCGCCGCUGCUGCUGCUAAGUUUCACCUCGUUCUCACCCGGGAGGUCGGUUUAGGGGAGGACGGGUCUGUUCAGGAAAACGUCCGACGAUCUUUUUUUUUAUUAUUAUCAUGAAUUUAAAUCAAUCAAACCGGAUUCGAUUCCUUCAGCAGUGGAACAUUUAUUUAUGUUUGUCUUUAAUUCAGCGUCUGUAGAACUUAAACCGGCUCGAGAACCGUUCAUCAUUCGGCUGCUUUCAGGGUUCGACACCGUGUGAACGAAUCUGGAUUCAGACCGGAUGAUGAACCCGUGUGGAAGCUCCGAACCGGUUUCACUCUUACGCAGGCAGAAAUAAUCAGAAUGAGGUUCUGAAAUCCAAACUCUGAAAGCAGAUGUGGAUCAGGGGGCGUUUGCUGAACAGACCCGUGGACGAGGCCGAGCGCGGCUCCUCUCGGGCCGCCCCGCCCCCUUUUACUCCUGGGCGUGGCAGGAAGGGGCGUGGCCACGGCUCCACCUUCCCCUCUGGUAGGCCGGGUGCAGGUUCCACCGUCUUGUUUACACUCUGGGUUCCUGCAGCGGAGUCCAUGUGGUGUGGUUGUGUGAUGUUGUGUGUUUGUGUGCUGCGUUGCCUGGUGUGUAUGUGGCGAGGUUUGACGGCGUUGCUCCCUGAAGGAAUCCAGGGUGAAGGAGUGAAGGAGUGAUGAGUGUGGUGGGUGUAAAGAGAAGAGGACGAGGCCGGAGUCCGUUAGCAACUUGUGCUCCUCUCUACGAUGUUGCUGCUCAGUGUUCGUGACAACUAGCUCAUCUCUAACCACGUCAGCGCUCAGACGAGGUCCAGCUCCUAAUCUCUGGUUUGUGUCCCUGAUGUGAAUGUGUCGAGUAGCUGUUUGAGUUGUUUGGAUGUCUGCUACAUAUAGUGUCAGCAUUGUGACUGCAAAUAAACCUCAUUGAUUUUUAA